AUGAUUGCCGAUGCUCAAGCCUUGACAGACAACGCAGAAAACCCGAUGAAGGUCCGCGAGAAUAUCUUGGAGGUUGCCCUCGACUAUCUCGCCGUGGGGAUCGAUCCGCUCAAGACCACCAUCUUCAUCCAGUCGCUGAUUCCGGCUCUUCCUGAACUCAUGAUGUACUACCUAAAUCUCGUGACCUGGAACAGACUAAAGCACAACCCGACCGUCAAGCAAGAGAUUCAGCAAAAAGGGUUUGGGGAGGCGAUUCCCGCCGGGUUUAUGGUCUACCCGAUCAGCCAAGCCGCCGAUAUCACGGCGUUCAAGGCCGAGCUCGUCCCCGUUGGUGAAGAUCAGCUACCGAUGAUUGAGCAGACAAAUGAGAUCGUCCGCCACUUCAAUCGGAUCUAUAAAACCGACCUUCUUAUCGAAGCCGAGGCGAUCAUCCCCAAAAUGGCGCGCCUUCCGGGGACCGAUGGAAAGGCAAAAAUGGGAAAAUCGCUGGGGAAUGCGAUCUUCCUCUCCGAUGCCCCUGAGGUGAUCGAGAAGAAGAUCAAAGGGAUGUAUACAGAUCCGACCCAUCUCCGUGUCGAAGACCCCGGGAAAAUCGAGGGGAACCCCGUCUUUGACUACCUCACGAUUUUUGAUCCCGACCAAGAGGCUGUGCAAAGCCUCAAAGACCACUACCAACGAGGCGGUCUUGGCGACUCAAUCGUCAAAAAGCGGUUAAAUGAGGUGAUCCAGACCUUUCUCGCCCCUAUCCGGACGCGCCGUCUCCAGUUUGCACAAGAUAAGGGAGAGGUGUGGAAUAUCCUGCGGAGAGGAACGGCCCAUGCCUCCUCUGUUGCAGAGCAGACACUUGCCGAAGUCCGGAAAGCAAUGCACCUCGACUACUUCUCUUAA